AUGGAGUCCAUGAUUAAGGAAUGGUCGGUAUUUUUGGAUAAGUGCCUCGAGCGGCGUAUCCAACCUGAUUUGUUCGCUGCAGCCGUCGCGCAGCUCCACGCGAAGUCUCCACUGCCCGGCCGGAAGCUUGCUGCACUGGUGCUUCGACCACGCGUCGCAGGUUCCAACAACAUCGAUCCACGUUCUAUUGUCUUUCUUGAGCAGCUAUUGGCUUUGAAGAAGGUCGAUGCCUCUGACGUCCUGACGCUGACGUUCCUGUACUCCAAGGACCGCCUUCCAGUCAAGACAGGCGACGAGAAACCAACCAAGGAGGCGCAAUGGGACAAUCCACCAGAACUCGAGGAAAUUGUCUUUCAUCGCUUACACAAGGCUUUUGCCGCAGAAGAGCGGCCUAUCAACAAUACUGAAGGCCUGCGCACACUUAUUGUCUUGACAAGAUGGAUGCAGGCAAUGGUGACCUCGCAUACGAGCGAUAGCAUGAUCCAGGCCAUGGCUGGUAUUCAGCAGCCCCAGCAGCACUCUAUUAAUGUUCGGGAAGGCCUUGCAAUGCUUGUGAUUGGCGUAGUAGAAAACUCAAAAAUCCUGCGGAUACUGAAUAACCCCAAAGGCAAAGAUAUACGCAAGAGUUUCAUUCAAUCGUUCUCUUCGUUCAUCCCGUUUCUCUCCAACAACUCGGGCGGAUCGCAUCAAUCGUUACAACUAGCUGAAAGAUUGGAACUCUCACAGAAACGGCAUGAUUUCUACGAGAAGCUUCCUAACGUCAACGGUGAGGAGAGUGGGAACGCAGGUCUUGAAGUCGCUGCCCUCCAGCUCGAUGCUGUAAUGGAGCUCCCACAAGUGAACACGCGAGCCGGUCUCUACAUCUUCUUGAAUGCAUUGUUGGAAGCGCAGAACAUGGCCACAGACUUGAUCACCGCUGCUUUUGAUGUUCUUGCCAACGCCAUGUAUCGCAGUGAACCGUCACAAACCAUGUUCUACCUGAAAUCUUUCCUAAUCAAUAAGGUGCCAUUACUCCUGGCACAGCUGACCGGAUCGAUAUUCCCCAUGACAGUCGAGAUGUGCAUCACUCAAGCACUCAGUCAUGUGGACCCCCAUGCAUUUCCAUCAUUCUCGCAAGGGUUCGAUGAUAUCAUGGGAAGCAAUAACAACUCCCUCUCCGAUGUCAGGCAAGACUUCCUCAACGCCUGUGCGCUUCAUGCUCUCAUCCCAACGGGUACCGUAGAGCGGUUGCUUGGUGAAGCCCCCAUGCAGGGCCCACCUUCGAAGAGAUACGAGAGGAAAGAAUUGCUAAACCAGUGCAAGUCAAACUUUGACAAAGUCAGCACAUUCAUCGACGAACUUGAGAGCCUGGACGGAAAUGCGGGUGCCAUAGUCGCUGCUGUUACAGAUUUUAUAGCACACCUCUGUGAAACUCAAACGACUAUGUACUUGAAGCAACUAUCCUCGUUACUCUUCAAGAAACCGCAGGCAAUGGACGUAAUGCUCCAAUUCACCUCACCAGCGAGCAUUCUGCGACCUCUAUGCCAAUUUCUUGACGACUGGCACUAUGACAGCGAUCAAGGCGAAUACCAACCAGUAUACGACGAAUUCGGUGCGAUACUGGUCCUCGUCAUGGCAUUCAUACACCGCUAUGAUCUUACGUACCACGACAUCGGUAUCGGUCAUGAUACGUUCAUCGCCAAACUUUUGAAACGUGGUCAUCAUAGCAUGCUGCCCGACCAACUGAGUGAAGAGCAAGGCAAGCAUCUUGGUAACUGGCUAAAAGGACUCUACGACGCCGAUAAGGAAGGGCUUAGCAACGAGGUCUUUGCAUCUUGUCGUCCUCAAGAUUUCUACCUCAUAGUUCCCACAUUAUUCAGGCAGACAGUCGUGGCAUGCUCGACUGGAGUUCUGUCAUUUGAGUCGGUCAAAGGUGGUUUAGAAUAUCUCGGAGAGACAUUCUUGUUGCCAUCCUUAAUAGAAGGUCUUACCUGGAUGGCCUCAUACGCGCUCCUUCAAACGCACAACGAUCUCGAUGCAAUGAUCCGUAUAUUCAACGAAGUCAUACUAACGACUCCCUCCUCUGGCGACGCACAAGCUAUGCAUUCGACUAUAAUAGCUAUGGUUUCUAGUCGCCUGGAAAAGUGCUUCCGCACGCUACAGCGACGUGAGCCGAACCGAACGACACUCGAGCCUUUUAUCCAGGCGAUCAAAGUUCACGCAUACUACGAACGUUCUGUGUACGCUAGCUUAAAAGAGGUAGAUCAGUGGACGAAUGCGCCGAACAGCACUCUCAACUCAUCCAUACGGCACACCAUACAGCAACUGUCACAGUGGGCUUCGACCUCGUCGUUACAGCCAAAUCCACCUGGCUACACACACCGCCAGAUCUAUGCAUCGCUCAAGAUGCUGGGUGCGACGAGAACACUGCGCGCAGUUGUAGAUGAAGUAAAGGCACAGACAGAUGCUGGCAACGGUGCGGCUGCACUAGACAUCGGCGUGUCCAUCAUCUGUGCUCCCACUGUCGAGGAUAGUCCCAUCACAGUUGACUGGGUAGGAAGCUCGAUACCAGCGCCGCCCCAACAGCGAAAUCACAUGAAUCUCCGCGAAAUGCUCAAGCAAGAAUUCGAGAGCGCUGCAAAUCUGGUUGCGACAGAUCCCCUAACGGCGGAGACAAUAGUACGCCUGCACCGCCGUGUAGAAGCACACUUUGCCUCCCUCGGUGAAGCUGGACUCCAAGCACCGCCUAUCAACAUCCCAAGUGUCAAUAUCGCAGAUAUGCAAUCGCAAACCAUAUCUGACGAUCUCAACCGAGCUAUCGAUGAUGCGGCCGCUGCAACAGUUGUUGAUGACAUCUCCAACAUGGACAACAAAGCGCUGCAGCGCAGCAUGGAUGAACUUACGGGUCCUGAAGGCCUGGAUCUGUCAAGCAUCGGUAUGGGUAAUGGCGAUGCGGGAGCGGGUGACAUGAGCACAGAUCUGGGUAAUCUACCCGAUCUGAAUCUGGGCGACAUGGGUAGUAUGGGCAUGGAUAUGGAUAUGGACAUGAACAUGGAUAUGGGUGGAGGUGGAGGUGACGAUGACUGGGGGUUGGAUUUCGAUAACAUGUAG